AUGUUAAAAACUGCCUUGGUUUUUGUGAGUAAAAGAAAGUUAUCAUUCUCAAAAGUGAAAUACUUAUCACCCACAGCAAAUCCGCAGCCCCAGGAAAAAAUACAGAGUUUCAGGAGCGUCGAACAUGAUCCCUUAAAACACACAUACAACCAUGUAGGUCAAUUCUACAAUAUAUCCAAAGAGGAUAGAAAUCACCUAUUUAACUACGGGGGUUUACCAAAAACUUACCUAACACAAGCAAAAACGUUCAACGAAACGUGCGUUAUGAUUAGACAACCCACAAUAGACGUGAUAGAAUGCUUAAAAAAUAUCGAUUAUGCAAAGCCAGCAGUAAGAUUUGUUAUUUAUGGGAAAAAAGGUAGCGGAAAAUCGUUAUCGAUGGCACAUAUUUUGCAUUAUGCUAACAGGAGUAAUUUCUUGGUUGUGCAUGUUCCUUGGGUUGGCAACUGGAUGCGUAGAUGCCAGGAAGUGAGUAAUUCUGAUACUAAAGAAGGUUUUAUUAAUUUAAAUGUCGAUGCUGCCGCCUGGUUGUUGCAUUUUAAGACGCAGAAUUCUCACUUACUGGAGAAGGAAGAUUUGAAAAUUGCGCAGGAUUAUGUGUGGAGUAAAAGAGAGAAAACCGAAAAAGGAUCUCCAUUGUUAGACAUCGUUAAUCAUGGUAUUAACAGAAUUAAGUUUGCCUCAGAUUGUGUUGUUAUUAUAGCAGAUGAAAUAAAAAAACUUUCAAAUAGUGGGGUUUGCAAAACGUUGGUCGCUAUUGACGGGUUUAACGCGUUUUUCUACCCUAAUACAAGAGUUUUUACAGAGAAAAAGGAAAAAGUACAUCCUCACAAAGUUGUAAUUACCGAAGCGUUCUUGAACUUAACCAAAAACGACUGGAAAAAUUCUGCAGUUAUUGUAACAGUAGAUGAAAUUGCUGUAGCAGAGGAAGACCAAAUUUCCCAUAUGCCAAGGUAUUUACUUGGAAAAGAGGGGUUUGAACACUUGGACCCUUUUGUACCAAUCCCAAUGGAAAAUUACAACCAAAAAGAGUUUAAAAGUGUGAUGGAUUAUUACAGAGAUAGAAGAUGGAUAACUCCAUAUCCAGGACAAGAUGAGGAAGUCUCAGCUUUAAGUGCAAACAACCCUUAUAAUUUAAUAAAAGUUUGUGCCCCCUUGUAA